AUAGGUUUUCAUGUGCUCGUGUAGAAAAAUUUCUCAAAAAGUUGGCAACUUUGCCAUUUCAUGUUCUUCAAGUAAGCUCUAAGAAAAUGGGAUCCGAACAAAGUUCUCAAAAUAGUAACCAAAAUGCUAAUAAUGAAAAAAUAAGAACAAGUCAACUCAGACGUGGUAAAAGCGUUCCAAAUCGUGAAAGAAUACCAGAAGAUACUCCACCGAGAUGUACCAGUCCUGGCGCUAGCAUUUGCUCUGAUUCUGAUCUUCCAUAUAUUUCUUAUACAGUGAAUCGACCUAUUGGAGAUUCACCAAAGAUGACAAAUAAACAAUCACAAAUCUAUAGAGGAAAGAAUAUUGGAACUGGGGAAAUCUCAAGACGGAAGAAUAGUCUAGGCAUAACAAAUCAUAAGUAGGUAUUACUGGAUUUAUAUAUGA